CGGAAACAUGUCACUUUAGUGAGAGACGUUGAACGAAAAAGACCCAAAAAUUAUUUUUUAACGAAAAAAUGUCUUGGACACGACCAUCAAACAUUCCCUUUCCCUCUGUGUGGCACACUUUCAAGGCAAAGGACUUGGAUAGCGAUGAAUUGGUCGAGUAUCGCGUGCAAGACAUGCCUCCGGAAUAUCAUCAAAAAGCUAUGGAUUUAAUGCAAUUCGAUUUUUUGAGAGAUGAAGUAUUGUGUGCUUCAACAGAAAUUAGUAAAGAUGAAGUGUCGCUUAAGGAAAUUUUAGAACUUUGGCAACAAAUGUUGAAAGGAAAUACUGUGCUGGCAUGUUUCCGUGAAAAUUCUGAUGAACUUGUCGGAUUGAAUAUGGUGAUGGUUGAAACGAAAGACAACCCGGAAUCAAAAGAUUACGAUAAAAAGAUCCGCGGCGAAAAAUGGAAAAUCGUCUACGGAGCCGUAAAAGAACUCAUCAACCGUUGUAAUGUCUUCGAAAAAUACAACGUCGACAAAUACUUGGGAGCAAUGGGCCUAUCUGUCGACACAAAAUACCGAGGACGAGGAAUCGGAGUUGAAAUUUUAAAAGCUCGCGUUCCUAUGUGCAAAGCUCUUGGCAUUUCCCUAACUUCAACUGUUUUUACUGGCAUCGCAAGUCAAAAACAGGCAAUUCGCGCCGGAUUUACUGACGACGUCGAAGUGGAUUACAGCGAAUUGAACCGCUUGGGAUACCAUUUACCGGGCGUCAAAGUCAAAUCCAUCAAAUUAAUGAGUUUGGAAAUAAAAUAAAAACUUACCUGAGGCAAUUGGCGAUCUUCUUCCGAC